AUGACAUCAAUAAAAGAAAAUACCGUUAUAGCCAGAGGGUGGGUCCAUAAUGAAACAAAUGAUCAAUACAUUGGUUUAACAGAUGUUGCCAAUAGCCGUGAGCCUCUACCAAUCGAUAAAGUUAAAAUCGGAACUUUAUUGAGCGUUUCGGAGUUAAGUGAGUUCCAGGUCCUUCUUUCUAAAUAUAGAGAUUGUUUUGCCCUCGAUUUAUCGGAAUUAGGUGAAACUAAUCUGACUCAGAUGAACAUUAAGCUCAAUGAUGACACUCCAGUUGUGUAUAAUCCUUAUCGGAUGUCGAUCAAAGAACGAGAGCAUUUAACAAUUAUUGUAGAAGAUCUAUUACGACACGGUAUAAUUAGGGAAAGCAAUUCAUGUUACGCAAGUCCAGUGAUUUUAGUUAAUAAGAAAAACGGUGAGAAACGCCUUUGCAUCGAUUAUCGUGCGCUCAACCGCAAAACUUUAAAAGAUAAAUAUCCCUUGCCGAGGAUCGAAGACCAAUUGGAUUGUUUGGGAGGUAACAGCUACUUCACAAGCUUGGAUUUAGCGUCUGGUUAUUAUCAGAUCCCCAUGGCUGAAGAUAGCAAACACUUAACUGCGUUCGUCACUCCUGACGGUCUUUUCGAAUAUAACCGGAUGCCGUUUGGACUGGCCAACGCACCAAGUGUGUUUCAGAGAGCUAUUAAUACAAUGCUUCGGGGAUCUGGUGGACGCCUGGCCCUCGCCUACAUGGAUGAUUUGUUGAUAGCUUCUAAAACCAUAAAAGAGGGCACAGAAAAAUUAGAGAAGGUACUUCAACUUCUGCGUAGUGCAAAACUUACUUUAAAGCUUGAAAAAUGUCAAUUUUUCCAAACGCAAAUAAAUUAUUUAGGUUAUGAAAUAUCAUCGGAAGGUAUACGACCAGGUAACCUAAAAAUUCAAGCCGUGGCAAAUUUCCCAGAACCCAAAAAUGUACACGAGGUUCGUCAAUUUGUAGGACUUUCGAGUUACUUCCGGCGCUUUGUUAGGAAUUUUUCAGUGAUUGCAAGACCGCUGACAAACCUCACGAAAAAGGACGUCAGCUGGCGUUUUGGAGAAGAAGAAAGAGAUGCGUUUAAUAAGUUAAAAGAGAAACUCGUAAGUCGUCCCUUACUGGCACUGUAUGACCCAACAGCACCUGUGGAAGUCCACACAGAUGCCAGCAAAAUGGGAAUUGGUGCAAUUCUCAUGCAGAGGCACAAUGAUGCGGUACACCCAGUAGCAUAUUAUAGUCGUCAGACUUCACCUGAGGAACAGAGGUUUCACUCUUAUGAGUUAGAAACUCUCGCACUAGUCACGGCAUUGCAGAAAUUUCGUGUUUAUCUGUUAGGCACGAAUUUCAAAGCAGUAACUGAUUGUAGCGCCAUUCGGAACACUAUGAAUAAACGAGAUCUAGUGCCACGUGUUGCAAGAUGGUGGAUAUCUAUGCAAGAAUACGAUUUUACAAUCGAAUAUAGACCUGGUAAUAAAAUGGCUCACGUGGACGCAUUAAGCCGGAAUCCUAUUAGAACUGAUGUGCACAAUAAUGAAAACAGAAUUGACGUACUCUUCGUAAAUAAUGAUGCUUGGUUGGGAACAGUACAGUCGUCAGAUCCAGAACUGCAGCGUAUAGUAAAAAUAUUGCAAGAUCCUGAAAGUGAGCAUGUAGUUGAAAUUAAGAAUAACUUUACAUUAAAAAAUGGCAAGCUUUAUAGAAUCGUGAAAAAGAACGAUACCGUAACGUUACUCUGGGUAGUUCCUAAAUCUGUAAGAUGGCAAAUACUAAAAAUGAAUCAUGACAAUAACGGUCAUUUUGGGUUUGAAAAGACAUAUGAACGUAUCAAAAGGAUCUACUGGUUUAAAAAUAUGAGAAAGUUUACUAAAAAAUAUUGCAAGGCUUGUCUAGAAUGUGCUCAUAAUAAAAUUCCAGCCGGACCAAGGGAAGGAAUGCUUCAUCCUAUUGAAAAGGUAAGCAAACCAUUUGACACCAUACAUGCAGAUCAUUGCGGGCCAUUCCCAUUAAGCAAAAAGAGGAAUCAAUAUAUACUGGCAAUCAUUGAUUCUUUUACAAAAUAUAUAUAUCUUAAGGCUGUCCGUGAUUGUAGAAGUAAGACGAGUAUCCAAAUUUUUGAAGAAUACUUUGCAUUAUUCGGGGUGCCGCGGCGGUUAAUUACAGAUCGCGGUACUAGCUUCACUAGUAAUGAAUUUAACAAAUUUGUAGUGGGGAAAGGUAUGAAACACAUAUUGAAUGCGGUCGCUACACCUCGAGCAAACGGCCAGAUUGAACGAUAUAAUAAAACUCUCGUAGAAUCGCUCGCUUCUGCUAAUCAUGGACAUCCUGAAAAUGAAUGGGAUACCGUAUUGUUUAAAGUGCAAUGGUCAUUAAACAACACAAUUAACAAAGGCACUGGGAAAACUCCCGCUGAGACUUUAUUUGGGGUGGUUCCUACGGGAAGUUGUGAUGGCGUUAUGAACAGUGUAGUUGCUGAAUCUCAGCAACUUCAAAACCGAGAUGAAAUUCGCAACGACGUUGAACAACGAAUUUCUUCUGAACAACUGAAACAAAAGGACAGAUAUGAUAAAACGAGAAAAGAAGCUACGCAAUAUAAAAUAGGAGAUCUUGUUCGUAUAGAGAAAGACGUGUAUACGGCACCGGGCCAGGCCAGAAAGUUGGUUCCGAAAUGUUCCGGCCCGUACAGAAUAACAAAAAUUCUGAGUCAUGAUCGAUAUGAGGUUCAAGACACCCCCAUUACUAAAAAGGAAGGCAAAGCGGCAUACGUCGGAGUUUACCCGGUAGAUAAAAUACACCCUUGGUUGGUAUUCCAAAAUGAUCCAAUCUCCAGUGACUCUGAGUAA